AUGCAAAAUCAGAUAGCUUUACCAAAUAUCGAUGCAGCAUCAAAUCUAACGGUUGAAAAGAUAAGAAAUAAGCCAAAGUCAAUAGUAAGGCCAAUGUUAAAGCAAAGCCAAGCUCGAAGCACCUCAGAAUCAGUUACAGAAGGAACUGCAUCAACUCAUGGAGCGCAGAAUAAAAUGAAAUAUGCAAAAGGUAAUUCGGAAUCAUCGGCAAGUAUUACACACAGACUAAUGAAAUCUGUUGCUAAAUUGCCUCAAUCAUCAACAGCAUCACCUAUGCGCAUUCGUACUGGAAUUCAGACCUCAAUAACUUCAUCUCCUGAUAAUUCUUCAAUUGCAACUGAGAAACUUAAGCGUCGUCAUAUUGAUUUCUCAAAAAAGGAACAAUCGAAAUUACAGCAACAAUAUCAACAACGACAGCAACAGAGCACAAAGAAUUUACCGCGUAAUUUAAAUGCUCCUCGAAAGGUCACUUCACAAGUACAGGGAUGA